AUGCGAUGGGCCAAGGCCCAGGGAGUCAAGAUAAAUGGCGUCACACCCGCGCACAUACCAGGCCGAGGGUCAGGCAUGAUCGCGACCAGAAACAUAGAGGAGGGUGAGGUCAUGAUCACAGUCCCUUUGGAUCUGAUGAUCACAAUCGAUUCCAUCCCGGCCUCCUUCAUCAAACAGUUUCCUGCUGGGACAUCGAUCCAUGGAAUCCUGGCCGCAUUUCUGACAGAGGGAGAUCAUGAAUUUCUGAAGAGAUGGGAUUUGUGGCGCAGAGUCUGGCCCUCCCGCAAGGACUUUGAAGACAGUAUGCCCAUCCUGUGGCCGGAAAAUUUACGGAGGUCGAACUCGGAGUUUCAGCAGACUCCCUGCGAGAGGCCCUUUCUCCUACCUCCUUCAGCUUCUGGCAUUUGGAAUUCAUUUGAAACUAGCCAGAAAGGUAGAAAAUUCGAGUCCACGAGCCAGAACCUGCUUGCGCAGCAGGAGAAAAGGCUUCAGGACGCAUGGCGGAAUGUAAUCACCGUGUUCCCGCACAUGGAUUGGGAUAAAUUUUCCUUCCACUGGUUAAUUCUGAACACGAGAAGCUUCUACUACGUCAAGCCCGGGCACGAACCUCCUGAAGACUGGAAUGACGCCAUAGGACUUGUACCUUUUGCAGAUUACUUCAAUCAUUCAGAUGACGCUGUCAGUACACUCUACACCGCGGUGUCGCAAGUCGCGGCGAAGCUAAUGCCUGUAGAAAAAGGGGAGGAGAUCUUCAUGAGCUACGGAGCUCACUCCAAUGAUUUUCUCUUCGUCGAGUAUGGAUUUUUCCUCGAUCAGAACGAGUCCGACGUUAUAUUCCUGGAUGAUAUCAUCUCAAAUACCCUUUCUGAAGCGGAAAGGGAAGAGCUUGCGUUCCAGCAAGGACUUGGGGGCAGCGACUACCAAGUCACGUCUUCUGGCGUCUGCCCUCGCACGAUUAACGCGGCGUGUGUCAAGUACAUGCCGUCCAAGGACUUUCGAAGUUACGUACAAGGUCGAGCAUCUAAAGCAUUCGACACGCGGAAAACCUGGAACAUUAUCCGUGAGUGGAUUGAAAUCUACCUCCGAGAGAGCAAUACAACAAUAGAGGCUAUUGGAUCAUUAGGAGCUCAAAGCGAAGGGCAAGUUGGGCAGCAGACCAAGGUAGCUUCGCUUCGAAAGAGGUGGGAGCAGAUCAGGGUGAUGUGUCAGAACGCUUUGGAUAAGACAAACGCAACUCAGCUAGAGGCAUGA